AUGGCGCUGUCGCAGGUCCAGUGUCUGGAUGACCACCACGUGAACUGGCGCGUAAACGAGAGCAAAGCUGAGUUCUUCUACAGCGAAGACCAGCGUCUGGCGGUGGAGAUGCUCAUCAACAGCGGGCGUGAUGCCUUCGAGGACUUCAUCAAGACACACGGCGUGCGUCAGUUCCUCUCAGAUGUGGAGCUGGACAGCAUCGAAAACUACGUGGAGCUGUACCGGCCCGGACACGAGCACCACCAGAGACCAGACACCCCCAUGACCCCAGGCCCGGGCGGCAUCAGCCCAGGGGGCGGGGAGGACGUGGGGGGAGACGGGGAGAUCUCUCUGCAGUACUGGCCUGACCGCUCAGAGUUCUCCGUGGCAGAACUGGACCUGGGCUGGCCUGAAGCCUCGUCCUACCGUGGGGUGACGCGCGUGACCGUGCACACUCAGCCCCCCACAGAUGGACAGACGCACAUCAAAGAGGUGGUGCGCAAAAGCAUCGCAUCAGCACAGAAGGUCAUUGCUGUGGUCAUGGACGUUUUCACAGAUGUGGAUAUCUUUCGGGACUUGCUGGAUGCUUGUUACAAACGCAGAAUCCCUGUGUACAUUAUCAUCGACACAGCCUCGGUCCCCAGCUUCCUGUCCAUGUGUGGCAGAGCUGAUAUGCACCGUGGGCACAUAAAGAAUUUACGAGUGCGCAGUUGUGGAGGUGUGGAGUUUCUGACGCGCUCUGCUCAAAAAAUGCAAGGAUCUUUGAAAGAGAAGUUCCUCCUGGUGGAUGGAGAUAGAGCUAUCUGCGGGUCAUAUAGCUACACCUGGUCGUCAUCUCGCUUAGAUCGAAAUGUCAUCACACUCAUCACAGGGCAAGCCGUGGAGACCUUUGAUCUGCAGUUCCGUGACCUCUACCUUCAGUCUCGAGGCGUGUCUCUCAACAAAAUACCCAUGGCCGACGAGCCUGUCCCUGACCCUGUUCCACAAGCCGCCCCAGUCCCCGUCUCUGCGGCUGUGGCCCGUAAACUCAUCAACCCCAAGUACGCACUGGUCGCCGCAGGAAGCCACAUAAGCCCCACCUCUUCUGACCAAAACUCCAGCAAACAGAAUUCAAGCUCUCAACUUCCAGCAGGAAUGAAAAUAAUGAAAGGUCGCAUUAAGGAGAUUUGGGAGGAGCCGCCUUUACAUCCAGGAUUAGCGCAUCUAGAGAAAGCAUAUUUAAUUCCUUAUCUGCCCACGUGGCCCGAGCCAGAUCCUCCGAGUGACGUGAUUGGCUUCAUAAACAUUCGAGAUGAUAAAAGGGCCAAUCAGGUGCACUUGCAAAGAUCGGAAAGAUUUGAGGUGAGCCAAGCCAUUCGCUUCAGUUCACCGCUAUUCGCACCGGCAAAAAAAGAAGAAAAGCCAGCUUCAACUCCCGCUGAAAAUACAGACAAUGUUGAAAAAGCAGAGAAUAUUGAAGUUCCAAACCCAACAGAGGUAAAAACUGUAGUUCUUGCAAGUAACGACCAAGUAGAUAGCAAAGUGGAGCCUCAAAAGACUCAAAAGGAUGGCAAACAAACGAGCAACAAUGUUUCUACCCAGGAAAUGGUUGCUGAUACUCAACAACCGAUGGACCUUUCUAACAAGGAAGUAGAAUCGCCAAGCCCACCACCUCCUGUCCCCAAGCGGCGCACUUUGCAGCUAGUAAUAGACACGGCCACCUCAGAGAAGCCAGCACAAGCUCAGGUGACGAUGGUAAAAAUGGACCAAGCCAACUGCGAUGUACCUGACGAAAACUCUCAACCGAAGUUUAAAAUGACCCGACAUCGGCUCCAGUCGCAGCGAGAGGAGAGCGAUUCCGUGAGCAACGAGGACGGCAGUCAGGACAGCACCAAGGUCAUCUGCGACCGAGGCGUUACCGAAGCCCCGUCCAGCAACUCCACCGGCUCAGAUGAGGAGUUCUACGACGCCCGAGCGGAUCAGCAGAAGCAGCCGCACGUGAACGGGGUGACGACGGGCUCAAACAAGGGGCAAAGGCAGGGGGACGGUCUGAAUGUGAUGGCCCGCUUCUCUCAGAGCAUGCUGGACCUAAGGGAGCCCACCCAGACUGAGGACAGUCUGGCCCUCAUCCGCCAGUCUCAGCAGAUGCGCCGGCAGAACUUUCCGUCCCCACACAGGCACAUCGGACAGUUAUUCAGCUCCUCUAGAUCCCCGGGUCGGGCUAAAGUCAUCAUAGCGAAGCCCGGGAGCUUCCACCGUCCGUCCAGAGCAGCGGCGCCUGUGAUUGGUGGACACAGAUACUGGCAAACUCAGAUGUCACAACCAGUUUCAUCGCACACCGACUCUCAAGCGCGCUCUGGACGAUCACCGCGACGCCACAGCCCAGGAUACAGGAAGGGGCAGCAGUCCACGGAGCAGCCCCCUGCAAACCCCUCAGGACUUUUGGGGGUCUCCUUCUCCAAACUCAGCAACUUAAAACACUUAAAGGCACGGGCCGGAGCAUCACAGAAAAAAGUGCCUCAAAUGAACAAGGCCAAUAGAUAG